AUGGAGAAGCUCAACACUGAAGAUGGACAACUCUUCAUAAAGAAUUUGGCCAGCUUCGUCCGUACUCACGAAAAAGCACUCGCGAAUGCCCUUCAGCUUCGCCGCCAAUUUAAGAAUGUCGCGACCACCCAAGCACCCUCCCUUACCCCCUCGAGCUCUUUCUCCUCCUCUCUAUCGUUGGCGUCCGCGUUGUCCUUUGGGCCAUUGAAGUUCACCUCGCAGAACAUCAAGCCCGCCAAGCUCACCCUGACUCCUCACCACCUCUUCUAUCUUCUUUCGCGCUUCGAGGACCUGUCCAUUGCCGUGGGUCCCAUGAAUGUCCGGUUGGAGAACAUCCACACCGAGGUCUCGCAGUCCUACGUUUCUUUCUUGAACAAGCCCCAACGGUCCAAGGGUGAUGGCGCAUCCAUACACUCCGUAUCCAGUGUGCGUAGUGUCAUGUCUGGCAUGAGCGGUCUCUGGUCUUCUUUUGGCAUGGGAUCCAAGGAUUCGGCCUCCAAGUCCGAUAAAGCCCGCCUCGCCCUGGAAGCGGACUUGAAGUAUCUAUACUCUGCCUUCACCAAAAUCCCCUGCCUGCGUCUGGCCCCUGACCACAGAGCUCGCUUGAUCCGGGGAUAUGAGGAGUUUCCGUUCGACACGGCUGUGCCGCUACAUUCUUUCAAAAAUUUGAGCGCUUUAGAGAUCAUUGACAUAGACUAUCGUUCUUUCUACGGAUGGGAUCGACUGUCCGAGCAGUUACGCACCUUGUCCAUUAAAAGGGCUCAUCUGGAUGACCCAGCUGAUCUGUUGACGCGUAUCGUUCUGGACGAUAUCGAUAAGCGACGACGACGGUCAGCCAAGUCCCAACCGUCUCCGCCGCUUGGAUGGACUAGCACCACUAGCUCGCAGCCUGUUCAAGCUCCGGAUCAUUCCAUUUCGGCGCCUGGCUCCCCCAUUGCCGAAACAGCAUUCGGAAGCAGCACCAGCCCAAAGUCGACCCCGAUGAUGCGAGCCGGCUCGGAGGGUGCGAAGCUUCGUGCACGAGGUGAUAGCAUCUCACCCACCCGACCGUCCACCAAGCAUGGUCACCGUCACAGCCGGUCUCAGCGGAUUCAACGCACCGGCUCGGGCAGUUCGAACUCGAGCGAUACCUCGGGCGGAUAUCGCACUGGCAGCUCGUCAACCCUUCUUGUCGGCGUCCUACCACCUUCCAAGUGGCGGUUUUUGCGACACUUGGGACUUCCAGAGAACGAUUUGACGUCCAUCUCCGCCGCAAGCCUUGCUCCUGUGGCCAACACCCUAACCUCGCUGGACCUUUCAUCGAACCUUCUCACCGAGAUUCCGGAUAGCCUGGCAACCCUGAUGGCACUUCGUGCGCUGAAUCUUUCGUACUGCAUGAUCGAAUCCUUGCACUCCAUUUCACGAAACCCCCUUCCCGCAAUUACUGCGCUCAACCUUCGGGGCAACCGACUUCGUUCUUUGGCCGGCAUCGAGCGACUGCUUUCUCUGGAGCGACUAGACCUCCGCGAUAACAACCUCAUGGAUCCGACGGAAAUGGCACGACUAACCAGUCUCCCUGAGAUACGAGAGAUUUGGGUCUCCGGAAACCCCUUUGUGAAAACCCAUUCCGCCUACCGCGUGGUCAUUAUGAAUCUCUUCCGUCGGACUCCCGGGUAUGCAGAGGAUAUCAUCAUCGAUGGUCGUGGUCCAGGUUACACGGAAAGAAAGCAACUGGCUGAUCGUGUCGCCGAGCCUGAGGCUACACCCGUGGUGCGCUCGAGUGCCGCUGAUCAAUCAGCAAUGGUUCUGAAAGCCACUGCCGCGGUCCAGGCGAAUCUCAUGGACAAGCCACUUCCCAAGGCACCGGCUGAGGAGCACGAGUCGCCCAGGGCCACACACCGAAACGACGUCGAAGGGGGCUCUAAAAGUCGAAAGAAGGUCCAGCGGCGAAGAAUCAUCGAUCUCUCCGUCGAUAACCCUUUCAAUCCAGAUGGUCUGGGUAGCGCCGAACCAGCAAUGGCUGCAGUACUUCCAACCCAGCAACUUCACGCUCCCAUCGACCCCAUUGGUUUGACUCCCACUGAACACCAAUGGAGGCUAGAAAGCAGCAUCCAUUCCGGCUCUUCCAGCAUUCAAAGCCCACUCAAGCAGCCAACCUCCCCCAGUCCGCCUCCGAUGCAGCCUACUUUAGUGCAGUCUGGCACGGGAAAAGAAUGGGGAUUAGAUGAGCAGCAGUGUCGGCAGCAGCUCGACGUCCUCCGACAGGAAGUAGGCCAUAACUGGCUGAAUGUCUUGGGAGAUCAUGCCUGGGACAACUCCCAGAACCUGGUCGCACAGCUGGCAGCGACAGGCUUGGACCACUCUGUCCUCCCUACUGCACCUCUGGUGCGAGCCAACACCCAGGUCAUUCUGAGCGGAGGCCAUGCAUUAAGUGGCUAA